CCAGCCCAUCCUCAGAUCACCUGAUUGUCGCACAGCCAUUUUGUCUCUGGGAGUAAAACACAAUAUCAAAUACACCGGAAUAAAAAAUUUAAAAAGCCGAUAAAAAGGAGACCGAAUGAAUUGACGGAACAAAUCUUAACUAAAUCAGUUACAUUUAGCGUAGUACUCGUGCGUAAAAUUCACAUUUUCGCCACCAAAUUCGAGAAAAAGACUAUUCUGAUUUUGCUGUCUGUGUGUGAGAUUCCGGAACCCGAAACAGUUUGAUAAACCAGCUUUGGAUAUUACCUGUUUUUUUUGUGAGACACGAUUUUUUUUUUUUUUAAAUUGUGUAUUCCUUACUUUAGAGUUAUUUUUUUUCUAUUUCAUUUUUAUUAUGUUUUUGUUUGUGUCUUGAAAGUUUUUUUUUUAGACGGGGCAGUUUAAUGACAGUUUAAGUUCUGUUCAUUACGUUUUCAGAUCUGUCAAAAAAAGACUCCCAGGCCUGUGCUGUGUCUACCAUCCAGUGUGCUCACCGUACCAAAAUAACAUAUCCGUCAUUGUUACUAACAUUUAUAUAUGUUUCAGUUUAACUCAUUUUCUGAAAACCGGCUUGUUUCAUCUCUAUUUUUUACCGUCUUAUGUAUUGCGUUGGCGUCUAAACCAUUUUUUGUUACCACCGUUUGCCUUUAAAAAAAAAACCAAACCGGAACACUCAUUUUAAAAUCUGCAUUUAUUAGUGAUUUUCUUUCUAACGCCUGUCUGUAAAUAUGUCGGGGCAGUCAAUAACAGAUCGGAUCGCAGCGGCUCAGCACAGUAUGACUGGAUCUGCAAUUAGUAAAGCGGUGUAUAAGGCCACCACACACGAAGUCAAUGGACCCAAAAAGAAGCAUAUGGAUUAUCUGAUCCAUUGUACAAACGAGAUGAAUGUGAGCAUCCCUCAGCUGGCAGACACUCUCUUUGAAAGGUCUGCGAGCAGCAGCUGGGUGGUCGUGUUUAAAGCACUGAUCACAACCCACCACCUCAUGAUGUACGGAAACGAGCGUUUCAUCCAGUACUUGGCUUCCAGAAAUACUCUCUUUAACCUAAAUAACUUCCUGGACAAAGGUGCAUUGCAAGGCUAUGACAUGUCUACCUUUAUCAGGCGCUACAGCCGGUACCUGAACGAAAAGGCCCUCUCCUAUAGGCUCGUCGCUGUGGACUUCACCAAAAUGAAGAGAGGAAUCGAUGGAGUUAUGCGCACCAUGAAUGCAGAGAAGCUGAUAAAGACCCUCCCGAUUAUUCAGAACCAGCUGGACGCACUGUUGGAUUUUGAAGCGAACCCCAAUGAGCUGACCAAUGGGGUGAUCAACACUGCCUUCAUGUUGCUCUUCAAAGACUCCAUCCGUCUCUUUGCAGCGUACAAUGAGGGUGUCAUCAACCUGCUGGAGAAAUACUUUGACAUGAAGAAGAACCAGUGUAAAGAAGCCGUGGAAAUGUAUAAGAAAUUCCUCUACAGGAUGACCAAGCUGUCUGAGUUUCUCAAAGUGGCUGAGCAAGUUGGAAUUGAUCAUGGUGACAUUCCAGAUCUUACACAGGCCCCCAGCAGUCUGCUGGAAGCACUGGAGCAGCACCUGGCUUCUCUGGAGGGCAAGAAGACCAAGGAGUUCUCUGCAGCCAGCAGAGCAAGCACCCUGUCCAGUGCCGUGUCCACUCUGUCCAACACAGGCAUGUCCUUCAGCAGAAUGGACGAGAAGGAGAAGCAGCAGGCUCUGGAGGAGGAGCAGGCCAGGCUCCAGUCCCUCAAGGAACAGCGUUUGAAGGAAAUCGGGAUGCAGACUCCAACCGUGUCUCCCAUUUCCCAGUCUGGGGGCAGUGCCAACACCAGCGCCACCACUGGCUUGGACCUCUUCUCAACCCCUGCCACUGCUCCCUCCACCAACAGCAUGCCAAACCUUGCCAGCGACCUGUUCGACCUGCAGCCUGCGUUCGUCCCAACAGUGCAGAGCACUCCGGCCAUCUCCACCUCCGUCAACACUGCCUGGGGAGGUUUGGACCCCCGCUCCAUGCCACAGACUGUUCCAUUAUCCGCAAUGAAUGUAGAUUUCGAUGCUGUGUUCGGGACUAAAGUUGCCAAUAACGAUGUGAAGACCACAAGCGGGUUGGAUCCGCUAGGUGAUCUCCUGAAGCCCACAGUGUCGACACAGAGCAGCUCUCCAGCAGUGGGACGGCAGCAGCAGCAGCAGCAGCAGCAGCAGGGAGGCAAGCUGCUGGCUAACGACCUCGACUCCUCCCUCGCAAGCCUCGUGGGCAAUCUUCAUUUUGGUGGUGCACUGGCCAAGCCAGAUAUGCUGUGGACCCAGCCUGGGGAGAAGAAGCUGACAGGCGGUACGCACUGGCAGUCUAAAACCAUGUCCACCACCACCGCGUGGAACGCGACGCCCAUGGCUCCAGCACCCGUGGCAGUACCGCAGAUGAACGGAGUUCUCUAUGCUGGCUAUCCAGUACCAGCACCCAUGGCAUACCCUAUGGCAGCACCUCAAGUGCCUAUGUAUGGAAUGGGAAUGGUUCCCCAGCAGAUAGGAACAGUCCCCAUGAUGGCCCCUCAGCCCAUGAUGUACAGCCAGCCGGUCCUGAGACCUACGAACCCCUUCGCACCCGUCCCUGGAGCACAGAUGCAGUUCAUGUAGAGAAGACAAAGCCAGCUUGUUGAAGGCAAAAGGAACCCCAAAUAGAGCGAGGAGAGGCGAGGAGGAAGCGGCACAGAGACUCACAACUGUUGCUUUCCUACUGCUCCAGUAACUCUUAUUAACCUGCCCCCCUGCGCAGCACUGGAGCCCCUGUCUGAAACAGCCACCUCGCUCUUGGUCUGCCAGGCUCUUUUAUAGUAGAGUCUGCUUUUAAAAUGGUAACCCUGGCAUGUAAUGUCUAACAGUAUUUCUUAGAAAAAGAACACCGCAGGUCAGAAAAGAAUGGGAAUGUGUUUGUGAAAGAGACAGCAUAUAUCCAUGCACUGAAUACCCUCAUUGGUAGAGUUUGUGUGUAUUUCUAUCUGCUGGUCUUAGCAGGUGUAUCGGGUCACCUCACUGAAACUACACCAAUCCCGGAUUAGAGGUGCAGGUUUUGGGGUUACUGGGGUGUACGGCUUGACCAGAUGUUUUGUUCUAUGGCUAUUUGGCUUCUUGAACGCCUCUCUUUCCCUUGUAUUUGUUUUCUCUGAUCUUCACCCAUCUGUCUGUUUGGGGCUUGGGUGUCUGAGAGAGUUUAGUGACCUUAACAAGGUACUCGCGUCACUGGUUCCCCAGGUGUUUCGGUAUCUGGAGUAUUUGAAGAGACGAAGUAUCUGUUUGGGUGUGGAUACCUGAAUUUUGUGCUUUUAUCUGCUGGUGUUUUUAAAUACCAAUGCAUUUUCACCUGGGCAUGGGGUAGGGUUUGUCCUUUAGGAAUGUACCUGGUGUUCAAAAUGUGCAGGUUGGUUUUCAGAUUGUAUAAAUCUAAGAUCCUUUAAGUGUUGCCAAACCUCCUUCAAAUCUUUUUUUCUCCUUUCACUGUGCUGUUGAGUUCCACUAAUUCUCUUGCUUGAGUUUUUUUUUUUUUCUUCUCCAGUAUCUACAAGAUCAGGAGCUGCCAUUGAGAUUCUCAUAUUAAGGGCAUUACAAUGGGGGGGGGGGGAAUGACUGGACAGCAUUCAAGUGCAAGCUGUAAUCACCCACCCAACCCCCCCCCCCCCCCCCCCACCCAACCCCCUGUGUUUACUCUAUAGAUGUGGCUGUUGCAGACAGGUUAUAGCAGUGUAAGGGUUGGACUGUUUCAUUGUGUGCAUUACUGAUGAGCUGUGCACUGUUUUGAUCCUAACCCUAAAAGGGUCUAUUUCUUCCUUGGUAGUAAUUUGUUGUAAUCCAUGUAUGAGCUACAACUAGGACAGAAAUAAGACUCCUUGACUAGCAGUCUGAGCCACUCCAGGUGUUACUGUGAGUUUAAUGGGACUCGGUUAUAGGUCACAAGUUCAAGUGGCAUUGCUCAAACUGCUGUCUGAUGGGAGUCCUAUUUCCAUCCAUGGCUGGACACUGUUGAAGACAUGCUGUGAGCAGGAUGGAAGAAUCUCAGUGUUUUUACUUCCCAUUUUCUCUUGAGACAGGCAUUGUAUCUACCAUUUAGCCCAGUGUCACUUAGAAAGCACUAUAGGAAACAGCAAAAUACUCUACCCUCACUUAAACUUAAUCAAUCAAAAUGAGGUUGCCAAAAACACGUGUUAGGUUGCCAUUACCCCCCUUUACUGUACCCCCACAUUGUCCCUUUGCCAGAGAGAUGUUUUAUACCACAGCACACCCUAGUGGGAGAAUUGUGGCAUGAGUAGUUUGUCUUCUGAAAUAGAUCUGUACAGUGCUUGACUUUUGAUUAGCAACAACUGGGGACAAAGAGCCUGGGGAUAUAUAUAUACACACACAUAUACAUAUAUAUUUUUAUUUUAUUUUGUAUUUAUUUUUUUUCAGAUGAUAAUACUGUUCAACCUAGAUAGUGCCACCGGAAUUGUAGUACAGCGUUCAGCACAAGACAUAUAUAUAUAUAUAUAUAUACAGUAUAUAAAUAAAUACGUAAAAACUGCACAAACAAUGCCAUUCGCUGGAAUAUAAAGAAAACCAAGCCGAAGUGUCACCUUUUUCUAUACAGGAAGUUUCUAUUCGCAUACACAGGAUAUGUAUAGUCGAUGUACAUGUAUGUUUGUACAGUAUGUGUCUGUGUUAUAAAAACCUGCAGUAUCCCCAGUAACCUGUGUUCUGUGGUAUGGCUGAUUCCAGACUGCAGGAAUUCUCUUUCACUGUACAGUAUGUGUUUAAGGUUAGAGGGGUGUACCUCCACCUUCUUUCUAACCUGGCCGUUCCAGGGCUGCACACUUCUGAUCCCGAUUUGCCGUAUCUAGGUAGUUUUGAUUUUUUUUGUUGCCCGAACCAUAACCUGUCAAAGACUGAGAGCGGUGCCACAAAAAAGCUCUGCAGAUUAACAAUUUAAAUGUAUUGUCCUGGUUGGAACAAAAACCUGAACUGGACUUGCUAUAGAGGAAGGUGGAGAGGGUCACUAUUGGGCAGCCCUGCUGUAGUCUGGUGUUAGUUUAGGACCUGGCUAGGCAGGCCACUCCAUUCCAGUCCCAUUUUAAAACAGAUUUAUUAAAUAAAUAUGUUUAGGUCAUACAACAAGGUUGGAACAAAGAUCUGGACUGGACUAGCCUAUUCUACCUGGUAAAGCCCCCCUGCUGUAUGAGAUCCAUGUUUCAGUCCACAGCACCCCUUGCUGGGAAAGGUGGAGCUGGUGUUUCCCCUGGUACCCCCUUUUGACCCCCUCUCCCUUGCACACGGAUAUUUGAAUACAUGCUACUUCUACAGGGAUAUCCCUGCCUGUCAUGCAUCAGGGAAGAUCUUGAACUGCGCUUCUCUUCAGUGUUGUAAAUAAUUACUCAGGAUGUCGUCGUCCUCAAGCUUCUUAUCAUCUGCGAACGUUUCUACAGUUUUCAAUCCCAGUCAGUAAAGGUUCAUUAAAAGGGGAUACUGCGGCUUUUUCCUUUUACAUCGGAUUUUUUAUGGCAAAAGAUUCCUGUGCUUGGAAGAUGCAGUUCCAAGAUUUUUGGAUGUAUUUAUUUACAAUAAAAGAGUUGACAGGUUUUAAUGCCAUGUAGAAAAUGGGUUUUUGGGGGUUUUUUUUAAUGUAAUCGUGAGCUUUUACUUUGUACGCAUUGUGUUUUGUUUUUUUUUUUUUGUUUUUUUUUUUUAUAAAGACUGGUUUAUUCAAGAUUCUAAAGGUCAUUAUACAGUAUGUAUUUUUUUUUUUUUUUUUUUGUAAGAGCCCAACAAGCACGUUCUUUAGUUUUGUUUCUUUUAUUUCUUUCUGUGUUGCAAAUGUACUUCUCUGCCUUUUUAAUUAAAGAAGAAAAAGCCUGCUUCCAUGAAGGAACCGGAAAGGAACGUGCGUGCGGACUGUGAGGGUUCACUGCGUGUUCAGCCAAUGACCUGACCUUUCCAAGCAUUGUUGGCGGCAGUGUGACUUGGCCUGGGAGACGGGGGGGGGGGUCUUUGUUUAUAUAACAUGUGUUAGUAUUUAGUUCUAAUUCACCCUGUCCGCUACACAGUGAUGUCCUGCCAAGCUGUCAAAUUAGGUCCAGUUAGGAAACCCCCACAGCCCAAGAUGCUUUUCCUUUCUGCUUCCAUUUUAAACAUGUGCUGAUCAUGGUGUGCAAAGAAUGCAGACGAGCCCAGUGUCCCAGGCAGGUUGCCUGGGUGCUCGGCUGUACUUUGGAAGAUCUGCAAUGGUUUGUGAAUGGGCAGUAGCUCUUUUACUACGUCACUGGUCUGUGUGUACCCCCACCACCCUGUCCUCUCUUCAUUUCAUUCAUGCUGGGUUUAGUUUAGACUCCAGGACUGGCGGGUGAUCUCCUGGAAUCUGUGCAAGCAUUCAGUAGAUGCUGGAGGGCACUGACACCUGUUUACAAAAUACAGCUUUUACAUUUAACUGUAGCAUAUUAAGGAAAACAACGAUUUAAUGAAAGCACAAUUGAUUUCUUGUGUUUGAGUGCUGGUGCCUAGAAUUAACAGAUAUACACGCGUAUGGUUAAAAAUAUAUAUAUAAAUAAACUGGUCCCAGUAUAACCUACUGGUUGUAAGCAUGCAGGGUCCUUUGCUGGUCCUAUUAGGUCACUGCUCUGAGUACACUCUAAUGCUGUAUCAGGUGGGAAAGGAAUAUACUGGGCAACCACUAAAACCUUAACUUAAACUAUUGCAAUCUUUGCACUUAAAGUUGCUAUACGUUGGGUUUUAAUAUUAAGUUGGUACUGAGGCUGCAGACGCCUUGCUGGUUUUGUCAAUUCUUUCUAAAAUGGCAGACAGUGUUAAUUGUAUUAUAUCUGUCUUUUACGAUUGAAGUACAUAAAUAAACAAUGCUGUAUAUAAAGGUGACUCCAGAGCUGGGGUUUUUAAGCAAUACCAUGUGAUGUUAGUUUGGAGAGCUUGAAGAAUUCAUCAGUGAGACAAAGGUGGUUUGUUACACAUCAGGCAAGUGAGUUAGCCGCUUCAGUACUGGCUCGUAGGAACAGCCUGGCACUACUACGAAUCUCCCAUUCCCAUUGUGAGCACACAAACUACCUUCCCUUGAAGGGCUGUUACUGUACACUGCUCUGCUUUGCGCAGGCCUUCUCAUUGCUGUUGGAAUGCAGAGUCUAUAUUUCAUUACCUCAUGCUGCUCAUGUUUGCCUUGCAGUUCACUCUCUACACAAUUGCACAAUUCAGGGGGAAGUAAAAGUGCUCUCUAUCUUUUUAUCUCCCCCCCCCCCCUUUGCAGAGUGGUCUGAACCUGCUCCUGGUUGUAUGUUAAAGCUCUCAUUAGGAGUUGAUUUAGUAAACUGGUACAAAGUGAUACGAUCAUACAGUACUUGUAUAGAAACAAGUGUGACGUCCCAAGAGUUUUCCAGUGUCCCUGUGCUCUGUGUGUGGAUUCGUUUUAGUGCAAUUGGCAGUGGGGUAGUGCAAAACGAAUAAAGUAGGCAGUCGAGGUAUAGAACCUGAAAUUCUCCAAAUCUAUUUCCUUAAAGACACCUGUACGAUGUAUGCAGCCUGACUUCAGUAUUCACCUGGCAUUGUCUUUGCCUGUCGAAUGCAAGUUGCCAGCUCCUUUUGAUAACUUUCUGAUUCCAAAGCAAUAGCCUGGUAUAGUGACCUAUGCCAAAGCAAUAGCCUGGUAUAGUGACCUAUGCCAAAGCAAUAGCCUGGUCUAGUACCCUUACAACUCGCCACCUUCAUCGUGGGUACAUUCAAGUACUGAGUAGCUUUCGUCAGUGAUCUGGUAGAUUGUGAUAAAGAGAGAAAUAUCUGAAUUCAGUAUUGGGGAUGGGAUGGGUGUAAACAUUACAGAAAGGAAUAUUUGAAGCUACUUACCCUUUAAGAGAUGGUCAAGCCCCUGCUUCCCUUCCUUCUCUGUUUUGUUGGUCAUCUUUUCCUGUGUUGUUGUUUUUUUUUUUUUUUAAGUUAAUUGAGCCGCCUUAAGACAAUAUUAAGUAUAAACUUCUUCUAAACUAUUAUUGCUAAGUUGUAUAACUCUCUAAUUCCUUCUACAUGGAGUUUGUAUUGUUGCUAUGCAUUUCUGUGAUAGGGUAGUGUUUUAAAGGGUAUUGCCUGCUGUGUUGGGGUUAGGGGAGGGGCAUGUGUUCCUAUGAAUUGUUGCACUGUGGAUCGGUGCUUAUUGUACAUAAAGAUUGUGUAAGUGUGUGUGUGUGUUUCUUUUCUAGGGUAGUUUGGUGUAAACAGGGAAACCUAUGAAUGCAGUGUGCACCAGCCACAUGUUUCCAAUUUACACAGAUUAUAUUUUUAAUUAAUGCAAAAUGUAUGUAUAUGUUACCAUUUAUACAUUUAACAGCAAUGGACUAGUUCUGAAAAAGUAAGUAAAUCAUUAGAUCAUUUAAAACCAUUAAGACGUGUAUUUGAUUCUGAAGUUUCAUGUAGUGGUGAGUACAUUUAUUAUUUUUGCUGCAUAAUAAAAAAAACAUUUUUCCUAA